UCAGUUCCGUCCGUGAAACCCUACUUCCGAGCAGGGCCUUGCUGUGUCGGUUUGUUCGUACCCUCUGCUUCGAUGGCCGGAUCAGCUAUCGAGGCCUGCUCUUGGGCUUUCUCGUCGACAUCGACAGUAGCUAUCUUCCACCUUCUUCCCUAGCAGUCUCCACAAAUUCUCGUCUCGUGGAAGCACGUUGGGUUCUCGUAAGGUUUUGGCAGCGGGCAGCAUCACUGAUAGCUACCUUCUCAGAAAAGUAGGGAGUCUUGGACAUUCACCAGAUUCAUAGAUUGGAUCACUCAACCAGAUUGUCAGAAAUCCAGGUGAAGAUGCAGAUACGGGUAAAGUGUGGUUGUGGUGAUGGAAAAUGCCUUGAGUGGGCUAUCAUUGAGCUCCAAGGAGUUGUUGAAUCUCAGUCUACAGGUGCUGGUCAGAUCAAUGGUCUAGAAAUUGGACGUCUCUGUUGCUCAUCAUCUUCCUCUCAGACAAACUAUACCUUCACUGUGGGUUACCAUGAACUCUCUGGCACAAGGGUAGAGUUGAAAAAACCUCUAUUAGUUUUACAGAAAAAGGUGGCAACAAGUUCGACAAUGCUGCCUCAGUUUUCUGAUUCCCCACCAGUAGAAUUAGAAGUCAUUGGAAUUAUACGCCAGAAGAUCCUAUUCAAGAAUAGGCCAAAAGCUUUGACAUCAAGGGCACAGUCAAAGGAAAAGAGAACUUCGUAAUAACCUCUUCUAUCACAGUAGGUGCCACGUUCAGGUAUUUUCACCAUCGCAGAAGAUGAUAAUGGCUUGAGCAGUGGAGUUUUCUAUUGCAAGAUUAAUCCAGACCUUUUUGAUAGAAACCAAAGAAAUUGAGUGAUUUCGAUGGCUUUAUUUCUUCUUUUAUUUGUUUGGUGGUCGUAAAAAGAUACGUGCCUACCAUAUUACUGUAAUCUGAGCACCUGCUAGCGGUCAGGUUUGUGAUUGUAAGUUCCCUUCGACUUACCUACUCCAGUUAAUUCAUAGUGAUCCAACCUUUGUAUUUA